CAGUUUGUAAUCACGCCAUGGGAAUCAUUAGCCAUAACAAAGAAGAGACGUUCGGCAGAUCAUAUGGGAGGCGUGAGAAACUUCAGACACAUCUCCGGGUAUUCAUCGCCUCUAGCUGAUUGGGAGAUAGGUCUCCGUGAAGCUGUACUUCAAGCCCUUCUUAGAGAACGAUACCAAGAUCCUAAUCUGAGAGAUAGGAUAAUCAGAGCUCCUCUCAUCGGAAGACAGGAUUCUGCGACACCUUUCGGAGAUGUUGCCGUUUUAGCUCGAGGACAAUUGUAUGGGAUUCAUGGUGGAAAUUUUGCUUUAGUUCAAGAUCCGUACCAAAAUGAUUGUGAUGACUGUCACAAUCCUCGGAGAUGCACAAGACAUCAAUGUCAGCCAUGGACUCCCCACAAUCAAGAAGAACUGAUAGCACUGUGGACUGUCAAAAGAUUGAGGCACCGUGAUUUCAAUAACAUACAUCGUUAUGAGAUUGAAUACACAAUUUCUCCAAUAAAUUCUGAAACAAGCAAUAUCGUUACCAGACGUGGUCGUUUCAAUUAUGCCAUUCCUGGUCAUGUAUUUGUUGUAAAGAGUCAUGAAAACAGCAAAAACACGCCUACAGAAAGUUACCUCGACGUGUACAACCGUAAAAUACCCCAUAAGCACUUCAAGCCUGAUAUCGUUAUUGGAAUAGAUACAGCAGGAUAUAAACACGUUUUGCAUAGUUACCCUGGUUUUUACACUCAUCCAGUUCAACUGCCAAAUACGGAAAAUAAUGAUCUGAAAGAGAGGGAGCUAUACCACAAGCUAAUUGAGACACUAGCGGCUAAAACAACUACUACAACUCAGGGGGGUGGUCCACACAAGAUUCCUCUAAAUCAAUAUGAAGGAACAACUAAGCACAUUUCGAUGGAUAGUUCUCCUAUGACACAUCCAACAAUCGAUGUUCUUACAAAACCAAUAUCGAGCAAAGUUCCAGAAGUUGUACGUCCCCCACUAACAACUAUCCAUUACUUCAUGCCUGAUGGAGAAGAACAAUUAAUAACCUCUGACAUGAAUGAAAUGACAACAAAGAUUAAGAAAGGAAAAGAAAGUUUGGACAUACCUUCAAAAGAACACAAUCCACAUGUAGUAGUCCCAAAACCAAGAAAAAAGUAUCAAGAGAAAAGUACAAAACCUCCAAUUUCUGAUGACAGUACUGCUCAUUCAGUAUCAACGAAAUUUGUGACCACUAAGCCUACUAAGAAAUAUUACAAAACAAAAAUUAACAAACCAACUAAAUUGACCACACCUGAGACUACUACGAGCAAGAUGAUUCCAAACGGAUCUCAAAUAAUAUCUGCAACUAAAAAAUUGACCACAUCAAAAUCAUUUUCCACCAAAAUGACCAAUAGACCGAUAUUAAAACCAAAUACAUCAAAAACCACAUCGAAAACAAGUAAUAAAAUUGGAAUGCCCUCAACCGAAACUUUCCCAUCGCUAAUGAAAACAACUACUACUACAACGAUGUUUGCAACACAAAACAUCCAAUCAGCUUCGCCAGUUUCAGUUACUACAUCAAGCAGUUCUGGAACAUCAUCAUCAUCAUCAAUCCUUCCCCUGACAGAAAUUUACAAAACUCCACCUACAUCUUCCAAGUUCACAACACCAAAAAUUCAAUCAGCAUCAACAACUGGGACUCUGGCAGAAGUUCCAAAAUCAACAGCUUUAGAAUUCACAGUACCAUCCACAACACCACAAACAUCUGCCUCCUCAAAAUUAACAACUGAAACGUCUACUUCUUCAACAGUAGGAGCUUUGUCAUCAUCAACCAAAGUCAUUAUCAAAGCACCAACUUAUACCACCGGAGGAGUUCCUAUAGGGAUGUUACCAACAUCUAUUUUAUUGACAACAGCUAUGUCAUCAAAAACGACAAUUGAAUCAAAAACACCAGUGUCGACAACAAUGUCAAUUUUGUCUGGAACAACGCCUGUUUCAUCAACAAUUUCAGUUUCAUCAACAACUCCAGAUUCAUCAACAACUCUUGUUUCAUCAACCACGCCAGUUUUAUUAACAACGUCAGUUUCAUCAACAACGUCAGUUUCAUCAACGACAGUUUCAUCAACAACGACAGUUUCAUCAACAACGCCAGUUUCAUCAACAACGCUGGUUCCAUCAACAACGCUGGUUCCAUCAACAACGUCAGUUCCAUCAAUAUCGAAGGUUUCAUUAACCCCAGUAUCAUCAACAACUCCAGUAUCAUCAACAACCCCAGUAUCAUCAACAACCCCAGUAUCAUCAACAACUCCAAUUAUAUCAACAACCCCAGUAUCAUCAACAACCCGAGUAUCACUAACAACCCCAGUAUCAUUAACAACCUCAGAAUCGUUAACAACCCCAGUAUCAUUAACAACCCCAGUAUCAUCAACAACUUCAGUUUCAUCAACAGUUCCUUUUUUCUCAACAACUCCAGUUUCAUCAUCAACUCCACUUUCAUCAAGAACAACAGUUUUAUCGAUAUUUUCCAAAUUACCAACUCUUCCUACAACACUUACUGAAAAAUUGAUAUCGGAGUUCAUGACAGGUUCAACUACUAUUGCUGAACAAACAGAAGCUGUAAAAGAUAUAUCUCCAAACCCGUCAGAUGAGCUAGAACCAUCUAGCCAAAUGUCUGCACCAGGUGAAGAUAUUGAAACUACACCUUAUCCUAAUAGACUGAUCACUACAACAAACCUUAAUGAUAACACAGAUUCAAGGCAAGAACAAACCACUAAAUUAAAAUUUGCAGAUAAUACUACUAAGGGCAUAAUGUCAGAAAUCGUUAGUACAAAGCAAACAACUGAAAAUUUACUUGAAUCUAUCACAAUGAGUGAAGAAUUUCUUGAAGUAACAGACUCGGAGGGAAUGAUGAGAUCCACCACACUGAAACCAGACGAAUCAAUAGAGAAUACAUUCAAUAUGGAAUUUCACAUUACAACUAAAACCAGUGAUACAUCAUCAAUAGCUGAAACUACCAUGAUAAUUGGAGAUAUUCUUACUUCUACUCAAGUGACAGAAAUGAAGUUAACUUCUUCCACUCAUACCAAUUUGGAUAAAUCAAGUGCAGCAACCAAACAUACACCCAAAACAACUGAAAAACAGGUUGGUACCUCGGCAAUACCAACUGUUUCAAAUACAUUUUUAAUUGAUGCAGAACCUAUUAAAGAACCAAUAUAUACAAAACCUGCCACGAAAGAAUAUGGUUUGGAAGAUAUAUUUGGGCCUACUAUAGCAACAACAAAACCAAAAAGGACCACUACCACAGAACCAAUGGAGUCAGACCUUACAAAACAAUUAUUUGGUGAACGAAUGUUAGAAAAUUAUAAAGUCAUUUUCUCUAAUUUCUACGAGCCAUCAACUGCUCCCACGGUUGUUAAAUAUGAUGAAACAACAUUGAAUUUUCAGCCGUUGACAAGUGAAAGUUAUGAGACGUCCAUAAGCUACAAGGUAAAUACGAAGAAAAAUACGAGUGCAACAUCAACUCUAGGUAUUGAUAAUACUUCCAGAACAUCAGUUAGUAAAAAUACUGAAAUUAUUGAUGAAUAUCAUCGGUCUAAUGAUAGUAAUGUAAACAGUACUACAGAGUCAGAAACAAAAACAAGGCGUACCGGUACAAAGAAAGCUUUUGAUGACAUAGCAAUGCAGUUAGUAAACCAUGCUAGGACCAUUGAUUACACAAGCAAAUUAAACAGAACAAGUGUAGUCAAGUAUAAGAGAAGGAGAACCUAUAAACCAAAAAUAAGAAAAACCACUAGGAAAAGAAAAAAAGAAGGAAAAUCAGGAAACAAAUAAUAACUUUA